GUUCAAGUUGGGAGUCACGACAGAGUGGUACACGUGUGUGGACGCAGGGCUAGAGGACGGGAUCGGAAUUUGCCGACGAUCAGAAAUCCACCAUCAAAGCCUGCUUUCCUCUUCAUUUUACGCAUCCAUGGAUUUUUCCGGUCUUUCAAGCGCAGAGCAGGCUCAUGUGAACAAGCUCGUCGAAAAGCGACAAUUUCAAGGCUUCCUCACGAUGUACGGCAAACUGGUGGAGAGGUGCUUCAUGACAUGCUGCAAUGAUUUCACAAGCAAGACGCUUUCCUCUAAGGAGGAGACAUGCGUGAACAACUGCGCCGAGAAGUUUAUGAAGCAUUCGGAGCGUGUGAGCGCGCGUUUCGCAGAGAUGAAUGCAGAGAUAAUGAACGCUCAGAAGUGAGGUUCGUUGACGGACUGCAAAAAUACAGCUAUGAUAGAGCGUCCUGCGUCGAACCACCAUCCCGACGAAUGUAUCUCGGACCCAUAAUUCCCCCUCUCCCCUUGAAUUCUAUGCGCUUCGGCUGGGCAUGCAACUGAGCUUACGAUGCUCAAGCACUUGGUGCCGAGCUGACCCGGAUUGAGCCACGACUUUUGCGUCAAGGUUGAGGGAACGACGCGAGGUUCCACAUGCCCAAACACUCAAAGCUGGCCUGACCAAGCUAUUUUCGGACAACGAAAUCUGGGACUAUUUCGUUGUUACUCGAGGGGCGUGGACAAGCGCAUCUACGUGGUCGACACUGCGGGUUCACUCCCUUGCUCUUUCUUGGUUUACUACGUCGCUUGAAUUGCCAACGACAAGGGCUCCAGCGCGGAAGUUGACCUCAUAGCUGAAACCUCGUAUGAGAAUGGUUUCGAACUUUUUCUGGAAUCCUCCUUUUUGAGAAAAGAGCCCCUGCUCAAGUAUCAUGCCCAGUGGGAUCCCUAUGAUCCACGGCAUUAAAGCCUGAUCCGUGAUAAGAUCUCGAUCUCUUCGUUCCUCGAGAUAAGAUCAAGGGACCUCUGAUCAUCUCUCUAACCCCAUCGUCGUCGCGUCACCCCAUGCCCCAGUUAUCCGAAGCCCACAAAGCUCGUCUCGAGUUGAUCCUCACCGAAGCCGUGGAAAGCAAGACUGUUCCUGCCCUGUUCCUUGGUAUAACCGAUGCGGAUGGUCCGCUCUACCUCAAAACCGUCGGGAAUAGAUGGUUCGACGAUCCUUCAAGUGGGCCGCUCGACGAGGAUGCAGUGUUUGCAGCAUUCAGUCAGACCAAGCUUGUGACGACUAUCGCUGUCCUCCAGUUAAUCGAACAGAGAAAACUCUCGCUAUCUACGAACGCCGAAGAAAUUAUCCCAGAACUAGCGAACCCCGUCAUCCUCACUGGACGCGACUCGCAAGGAAAUCGCACAUACGUCCCCGCCAGCUCGAAAAUCACGGUGGGGCAGUUGCUGAACCAUACGAGCGGAAUGGAUAGCACCAUCUACGCACCGAAAUCGGAACUCAAUCCUACCGCGCUUUUGAGACCGACAGGAUACGACUAUGCACACGAGGUUGAUCCCGUCUCCAAAUACUAUGAUCUAGUCAAAGGAUCGGGUGCAUUCCCUGGCGUGCCUCUGAGACACGAACCGGGCACAAACUUCGCAUAUGGUCUUUCGACAGACUCCGCAGGUUUCAUUGUCGAGAAGAUCAGUGGCAAGACGCUGGAACAGUAUUUCAAAGACCACAUAUUUUUGCCACUGGGAAUCACAUCGGCUUCGUUCCAUCUCACUUCGGACCUUCGAUCGCGGCUCUUUCCGAUGCAUGGGCGAGACGCAGCUGGAGGGAUAACGAGAUACACCAAAGAACCGCUGCUUUCCUGUGAUCGUGAAACCGGUCGGGUGAACAUUCAUCUUGGUUCUGCGGGUCUUUAUUUAUCCCAGAAGGACUACCUUAUGAUGCUAAGACACCUGCUGCGUAUCAAAACCCUGCGGAUCCACAACGGGAUACUUGCUCCGACCUCCGUUGAUCAGAUGUUCGCACCAACCCUGCCUCCGCUGGCAGCCGAGAUCGUGAGCGUAGGUGUGCAGGUUAAUGAACAUCUCGGGUGGCCAGACAACGCGGCACAAUUCAGUCGUGGGCUGCUGCUCAACACUGAGGAUAUUCCCGGGCGACGCAGAAAGGGAUCCGGAGCAUGGGGUGGACUGGCCAUGACGAGCUUCUUCCUGGACCCAAGCAGUGGAAUCGCAGUGGUGAUGGGCACCCAGCUGCUGCCAGGCUCCGACAAGAGAUACAACGAGGUAUAUCGGAAGGUAGAGGAAGCUCUGUAUCAGGCAUUGGACGAGGCGGAGUGAUAUUACAAUCAUAGCGUGCUAGGUGCCGCUUUGUGCAUCACAUUCUUCAGUCGUUGCCUCAACGGGCUCCCGUCUCGAGAUUUCUCGGAUUCCGGACUCUCUGAACGCGGCAUUGGGACAGGAUCAUGCAGUGGAGGCUUCGGCAGCACAUCCUCUUCGUUUUCUGCUGCUGGUUCGACUGUUUCGGUGACCACUGCCACUCUGGUCCACCUGCGGAAUCGUGUGUACUGCAGAAAUGUCUGAAUGAUCUGGCUCCUCGAUGCUCCAGAUGAGAACGCACCUUGCCCAUGCCGCCCUUCGCGCUGGGUUUCUCCCAUUUAUUAUCCUCGUACACCCAUCCAUCCUCGUCGGUCGUCAGCUCCUCCUCCUCUUCCUCACUAGCACUCGUCUUGUCCGUUUCCGAAUGUGAAUGGUCUUCUGACGGGGGCGGAUGUGUCGACGGCUCACGCAUCUUGGCAGCCGCUUUGGCAAGAAGGCCAGCAUUCUCCUCCUUCUCGCUGGGCAACGGCUUCUCGACCCGUGAAGGGCCUGACGCACCCUCCCGUCGGAUCAGCACACGCCAUUCGUCUUCUUCCCACGACCAGCGAGCACAGCGUUUGAUGCGGCCCUUUCCAUCCGGAUGGGGUAGCACGAUAGUUGUGUUGUCCGGAAGAAGGAAUGCGCUCGGCGGAGACACGGGCGCCUGCGAGUGAGUGCACCACGAGGGCCGUUCGCCGGGAAGGAGUGCUGCGGUCCAGUCCAGACCCAUCCACCACCUUUGGUUCUCGUACACCGUGAAAAGAAACCGGAGAGACUUGGCUGAGGAAACAGAGGCGGAGGCGACGGACUUCGCGGAAGAUUGGUAUGCGAAAGGCAGUGGCUCGCCGGUUACUUUAGCUGUCGCAUAGUAUACGGUCCAUCGAAACCAGGCACUCUUCCAGAGAAGUUUUCGCAGCGCACUGACCCAAGGGGCUCGCCAGGUGAGAAUGAUCGUGCCGCACAGGGCCACCAAGACGCGUAGGCGGAACAAGUAGAUGAGGACCAGGUAGGGCACGUAGAAUAUGAGUGCAGCAUGAAAUAGGACUUUGGGGUUUCGGAGCCGAGGCGAUAGCACUGGGACAGCAGGGAGAAGACUCUCAAUGGCGGUCAGGUCGGUGACAACCGCUUGAAUCGUUCGUUCAGAGGCGGGCGCGAUCGACGUUGCUCUCGUGCGCCCCCAUGCCCACAACGAGAUCCCAGAGGCGACGAGGACAGGAAGGAAGAAUCGCAGCGCGGGUUCUGCGAGGAGAGCGACGGCCCACCACGCUGCAACCAGGAGGAAAGCAUCGUAUGACGAGGACCAUGACGGAAUUUCUACAAGUCGUCGGAUGACGCGGAUCCCAGGACUCAAGGAGACUAGGACGACGUUUACAGGAAGAGGGAGCAUAUGGUCUAACAAGGGCGUUGUUGUCGUAUGUGAGGUCAGAGCGGAGUGUCCGGCACCUGGAGGCUGCGGCAGGCGGGGAGAGCGUGGGAAUCAGUCGCGUCAGGUGAGCUGAGGGACUCGGACGCGAUCACAUGUUACCAGGCGAGCAGUUGUCAGAUGUCGUGUUGUUUUCUCUUCAGACCAUUUCGAUUGCUCCAGAUUUCCAGCGUUAUGCUAACAAGCAUUUAAAGUGACCAUCACUGCCGCUCUACUGUGUUUGCUGUGCUCGAAUGUGUCCCUGCAGAAAGGACAUUUCGGGUCGGGUACAGAGACCGCAGCUUCCAUGUCUCAUUAGCUUCAGACCCGCGUUUAGGGGGAUGAGAUGAGACACGACCAGAAUCCACAAAAGGGACCGCGGUCGAGAGAUUUGCCGCUAUCACUCUUUCGAUGCUUGCUAUCUCUGUGCUUGCGAUGCUCUUUUGGUCCUCAAUCACGAGCAUUUUGUCUUCCAUUCUCGUGGCUCUUCAGCGUGUCAGAGGCGUGGCACGUAUCGCUGACGUCGAGUCCGAUACGAUGUCUUGUUCGACGAUCAACAUCAGACCAGCCCCAACUGCUAAUUAUGCAAAUCUACUGGCUGCCCAGCGGACUAAACUCUUCUCUACCCAUUGGCCGCAAGGGUCCCGUCAGCCUGCUGUUGCGGUGACGAAUCACGAACCUAAAUUAGAGCGACUGCUUGCGGAGCCCCAAUACGCCAGUCGACGACAAGCUCUGCAGCAACUAAAUCGUGAACACCGCCCCACCCAGAUUGGCGUGCGUCGACGCGACUUCAAGAUCAGGCCUUCCAUCCGGCGUAUCGAUGUCCUCCCUAGCCUAAAACUCGCACAUGCUCGUGCGGAAUUUGAAAGAAAUCCAGGCGACAAGCCGAAGCGUGUUCCCAAACUUCAUGUCCGUCGAGUGCUAGCAGAUUUCGCACCCAGGAGCCAUCUGAAUCAAUUGGUCGAAUCCGCCGUCUCUGCCUCCUUGGACCUUGCAAAACGUCGCAUCGAUGCACCUCAUCAGCUACCGAGGGGAUCGCCACUUGUGCAUGCGUCCACUCUUCGACUCAUCCCACGUUGUGUUGUUUCAACAAAGGAGGAGGAGCCGGACAUGUUCUCGGACUACACGGCGGACAUGGAAUUACAGAAGGACGGAACCGGAGUUUUCUGCCAGCCUUUGUCGCCGUCUCGUCAAAACGGUCAGAAGCUCCACCAGAUGCCGAUUUCGAAAGGCUCGCCGUAUACACCCAGAAUGGUCCUCGCCGAAAAGGAGAAUGAACGAUUGUGACGCUGUGUUGAAGAGAUCUAGGAGGUGCGACAGAAGAUAUGAAAAAUUGGUUUUGUGGUGCCUGUCGGCAUCGUCAGUGCAUCUCAUGCCCAUUUAAUGUAAAGUAGACAAGCAGGGUCACAAAUAGAUUAGAUUAGAUACCACGCGAUCUUCCCUCAAGUCACGGUACUCAAUGAUGCUAUCAGUCUCGGUGGGCUUCGCACAGCCACAUCAGCACUUUCGCAGCAGCGGCCUCAUUCACCUGCUCAUUCAUUGCAGUCUUCGACCUCCAACAUUCUCUCAUCAUGUCUCUCUGUCCAGCUUAUGCCCCUUUCUUUGGCUUUGCGGGCGUCGCCUCUGCAGUGCGUGUUUUACCCCUGGGCGCUGCUUUUGGGACUGCCAAGUCUGGUAUUGGCAUUGCAGGUCUGGGGACGUUCAAACCUGAGGCUAUCAUGAAGUCCCUCAUUCCUGUCGUCAUGUCCGGUAUUAUCGCUGUAUAUGGCUUGGUCGUGUCGGUCUUGAUUUCGGGAUCCGUGACCCCAAAUAGCUAUCCCUUGGCUGCUGGCUUUGUGCAUCUGGGUGCGGGUCUCGCUUGUGGAACCACUGGUCUCGCAGCGGGGUAUGCCAUCGGCCUAGUGGGCGACUCGUGCGUGCGGGCCUACGUUCAAGAACAAAAAGUGUUCGUCGGAAUGGUGCUCAUAUUGAUUUUUGGCGAAGUGCUUGGCUUGUAUGGUCUGAUUGUCGCCUUGAUUAUGAACACAAAAGCGACUGGAUUCAAAGUUUGCUAGUCAAUUAUCAAGUACAUAGCUUUUCUUGCAACCGACUUUCGGACGAUACGACCAAUAUACUAUUAAUCGCAGCAACACGGAAUAAUGAGCCACAGUUGUUGAUCGGAGAACAGAAUCCUACACUGGGGAAAAGCUCUGGACUCAGUGGGACCUUGACCGAGAGCGAGCACUAGAUGCGCGUCUUCUAGGCACUCGUCGCCUAGAAUUGCGUUCUCUCGACCGAUCGGAAUCCGACUCUGAACCACUCGAAUCAGAGUCCGAAUCUGAACUCGAACUACGUGAAGAAUCCGAAUCGGACUCUGAGUCUGAAGAAGACCUCGACGACCUUCCGUAAAGUCAAUUGGACACAUAAACGUCGAUGAGGCGGCACUUGACUAACCUCCUGGCCUUCUUUGGCUCUCUCUCUUUCCCUUUCCCCUUAUCCUUCACCUCUCUUUCCUUUUCUUUCGCUUCCAGGAUGCGGUUCGCAGUGCCCUCCCUGCAGUGCCAUGACUCGUCAACGAGAGCGCAACUCUUGCCAGAGGACGGAUAUGUACUUCUUUUUGAACUCUUCAGGAACUUCGAUCGAGGGCUUGCCAGAAGCCUUCAAUUUGGCUAGCACCGAGGGGUUUUCGAGCAUCUCGGUGCGAGAAGGGCGGGAAACAUAUGGUCUCUCCCAUUUGCAUUCAUAGAUGAAGUGGCCUGUCGCGUGCGCGUACGGUAAGGGACGUGUGCGUGGCCUGGGACGUAUGUAACGUGCCUGAUUUGAGACAUUUCUGGCAAAUAGUAGACGAAUUGGCCCUGGGGUGGUUAGAACUGCGAUGAUGCGGCGCGUAUUUGCUCAUAGCGGAGGAGAAGAGAGGAGGCAGGCGGAGUUGUUUGGUUGGCGCGUCAUGUCCAAAUAAAGCCUCCUAUGUAGGUCAACCUCUUUCAACGUACUUGAGCUGCCGAUGCCAUGACCCUACCGAAUGUCAAUCAAUACGGGCCGAUUGCUUCAAUGGCUCGAGCUUCGCUCUAGAGUCCCGCGGCUCAAGCGGGGCCUGAGUCGACAUCCGCAGUGUUCUACGUUCGAUAGAUUUCUUUCAACUCACGUUCAACGGCCACUCGACGAACGCGGAAUCUACUGCAACCUGUGCACCACGGCUACUAGCACCGUCUGAGAUCUGCCGUCAUCUAGAAGGCGUGCCGUGACGUGUUAGAUAGCCUUACACCGGAAUUCUAGUCGUCCCUUGUCUCCACCGGGAUCCGAGAUGCAGGAAAGACGGCCCUAAUGGUCGUACUAAUGUCGGGCAGAUCGUUCAUGGAGCUUGGGACAGAUCCCUCGAAGGACAUGCGCAUCUCUGCCUCAGACUCUGGGAGCUCGACCUCGGUCCCGGUACUGUCUCCAACGAGCUCCGCUGCACUGAGACUGUACGUGGUGCUGUUGGUACCGUCGAUGGCGAGUGUGUGCGUCGGAUACGAUAUCUCAGUGAUGAACUACGUGAAUGGAAUCGGGUCCUAUCUGAGCUAUUUCAACCUCGACGGGCAAAGCUCCGGUGGCGGCGUCGGCACCACGACGGCUCUCGUUUUCGGAAUGGCAAGUGCUCUUUUCCUCACCGUCCGUGCUUUGCGCCGGCUUGCUAAACCGUAUGACUCAUCCAGUACACGCUCGUUCUGGGGCGGCCUGCUGUGUCUCAUUGGGGCCAUCGUGGUCACAAUCGCCAAAGAUGUAAAUUAUCUGAAAGGCGGACGAUUCCUGCUGGGAAUGUCGACUGCUUUGCUACAAGUCGCUGCCCCGAUGUACGUUGCCGAGUUAUCCCCGCCACAGUGGCGCGGCCCUCUGACAGGAAUGUAUGGCGCCACUGCAAUACUCGCGACCAUAAUCAGUGGAGUCGUGACUACCGUAGCUGCCCGGUGGAAUAACACUGCCUCCUGGAGACUGCCGCUCUCAAUUCAAAUCAUUCCGUCGGCCAUACUUUGCCUGACUGUCGUGUUCAUUCCGGAGGUCAAGGACACGAAACAUCGCAUCGAUCCUUAUCUUAUCAUGCCCAGUCACCACGUUGGCUCAUGUCAGCUGGGCGCCGCGACGAAGCCCUCCAAGUCCUCGCUCGAUAUCAGGCCAAUGGGGAUCCAGCAGAACCCCACGUGCUUCUACAAAUUCAAGAUUUGGAUCGCUCGAUCAAUGGCAAUGUCGGCCGUCCCUCUUGCCUUAUUCAAGACGCGCAGCGAUCGGUAUCGCGUGUUUCUCGUUGUCUUGCUUGCCCUGUCGUCUCAAUGGACUGGAAGUGGCCUAAGCUACUUCCUCGUGGUCUUACUUGCCCAAGACCAUAUCAGCACGCAGAAUCUCCGUCUGGUUCUGAGCCUUGUCUCAGGCAUCGUCUCGGCUGCAGGUGCAACUGUCGGCGCUCUGGUUUCUGAUAGAGUUGGCCGCGUUUCGCUGUGGUUCUGGGGCACAGUCUCCUGCACCGUCUGUUUGGCGAUUUCUGGAGCGCGUUCUCCUGCCCCCGACACCCGCCGCAGCUCCCGGGCUAAACGGGAGCGAGUUAUCAAUCAAGACCGUGGCAGCGAAACUCUAGAUGCAUUUCGGAAGCAAGUAUUCGACGAGGGAAUCAUCAAGGAGAGAGAUACAAUAGGGACGGACGAUGAAACCUUGUUCUUCCGCAGGCGGUUUCUACGCGCGCGCAAUUUCAACAUAGCUCAGUCCAAGCCAAUGCUAGCCAAUGCUCAGAAUUGGCGCAAGACUGUUGAAGGUGUUGGCAUCGACGCGCUGUACGAGGAGACAGACCCCUUUGAUUAUCCCGAACGCGAGAUAGUCUUUGACUGCUGGCCCUUGUGGUUCCAUAAGACCGACAAGAAAGGCCGGCCAAUCAACGUUCACACGCUCGGCAGCGUCGACAUCCCAAGAUUAUACAAGCACGUCACGCCGUCCCGACACUGGCGGACGCUGCUGAGCAACGCGGAAUGUCUGACGCGCGAAAUACUACCGGCGUGUUCCCGUCAAGCCGGCACCCACGUUGGCACGGUUUUGGUCAUCGUCGACUUGCAGGGCUUCGGGCUGAGCAAAUUCUGGGGCAUGAAGAGCCUCGUCCGUACGGCUUUCCAAAUUUCGCAAGAUUACUUUCCAGAAACGAUGGGCCAACUCGCUAUCGUCAAUGCCCCAUCGUCCUUUACCAUGAUAUGGUCAAUGAUGCGACCUUGGCUCUCGAAGGAAACCGCGGAGAAAGUCGACAUCCUCGGACACGACUAUCAGAAUGUCCUCAACGCCUUGAUCGAUCCGGAGAAUCUGCCUACGACGCUCGGCGGAAAGUGCUUGUGUCCCGAGGGAUGCCAUCAGAGCAGCGCAGGCCCGUGGCUCGAAGGAAGAGUUGGCUGGGGCCCACAAGCUCAAGCUGUUGCAGCUGAGAGAGACCAGUCGAACUUGGAAGCCAGCAGCGCAGCGGAUGAUCCAUCUUGCUCGGACGACAAAGACUCCUCGCCGGCGCCUUCGGUAGUUCCUGAACAGUCAACCUCCGCACAGUGAACCAAUUAGACAACGAGGUAUAAUCAGCCGGCUUGGGUAUCGUGUGUACAGUGUAAAUUGGAGCAUGUAGUUUCAGUCAUUCCCCAGGUCCUGUCCUGGUAUGUAGAACGUGAGCACUCCGCCUGCGUCGCUUCUAUCGCCCAAAUAGACGUAUAGAAUCAUGCAAUGGUUCCGGCAGAUACCUGUCUUAGUCAAGCACUGGCG